UUCGAAGAUAACUAAUGACUUCGUAGCUAUUCAUAACGGUGAAUUAGCUGUACUCGGAGAACUCAAUUUCUUUACUUCGAUUGGGUGGACGGAACCGAAUGGAAAAGUAUUCUAUGGCUGCGGCGGUACCUUAAUCACAUUGAACUACGUAAUGACAGCCGCACACUGUACCAGUUCCGAUAAAUCAGAUUAUGUUCCACCGGACGUCGUCAAGCUUGGUAGCACCAAAUUGAGUCAAACUGAAACGACGGAUAACAAUUCAAAGCCUCAGCUAAUCAGCAUCCGUAGAAUUGUGAACCACCCAGAAUAUAAACCAGCCCGGUCCUAUUAUGAUAUUGCUAUACUUGAAUUAUCACAAAACGCUCGGCCGAGUGAAAACGUUUGCACAGCUUGCCUGUGGACGACACCCACCACUCUACCUCCAAAUAUGAUCGUAAUGGGUUUCGGAACCACAAGGUACGAUGAAGACCAAAGCCCACUUUUACUCAAAGCAUCUGUAGGACCAGUGGAAGUAAGUAGUUGUGCAAGAAAUUUACUUCCAGACCCAUUGUUUCCGAAUGGACUCACUGAUAACCAGUUUUGUGCUGGAGGAAACAAUCGAGACGCUUGCGAGGGUGAUUCGGGAAGACCACUUAUGGUACAGUUAGCUGACUUCGAUAAGCUUGUACCGUACAUUGUCGGCAUAGGCCAUGAUGGAACGAUUGGUGUUUAUUCUAGAGUGGCAUAUUUUUUCGACUGGAUACAGACCGUAACAAACACGUCAUUUAAUCCGUUGGAAUGCGCGAGAAGGUCGGUGUGCCGUGACUAUCUCAAGGAUUUUCACAGUCCAGUUCAACGGCAACAGGCAGCUCCUAGAUACCGAGCUAGUUUACUGCAAGAUGAGCAACCUACCGGAUGUGGAGGCAGUUUGAUUGAUUAUCGCCAUGUGCUGACAUCUGCACAAUGUGUUUUUCGCAAUAUACGACCAUCACACGUGGAAAUUUAUGAUACAAUAGUGGCUAUCACCAAUAUCGUUAUUCAUCCGAGAUACAAUAGGCUUUCGAAGCGAAAUAAUAUAGCUGUCCUAAAACUACAGAAAUUUCUGAAUACGAAUCAUGAAUUUCAAGCAAUUCUUCCGGUUUGUUUGUGGGCUCAAUCAACACUAGACACUGACGAAGUAUAUGUUGCGGGACGUGAUCCCAACUCUGAAUUCAACAAACAUUUAUCGGUUAGAACUAACCUGACGAGAUCGAUACAAUGUAGAGACGAUCAACUUUGUUCUGUACAAACAACUCUAUUGGUUCCAGAAACGUGUCAAUACGAACCUGGUGGAUCCGUUGAUAGUUCCGUAAGUGUUGCGGUUACGCAAACUAGAGUUCCUUACAUCUAUGGUGUCAACAUAGAAGGAUCGGCUUGUGGUGGAGAGCAGGCGGUGUUUAAAACCAUCAAAGUGUUUCCGCAUUACCAUUGGAUUGAAGCGAUCGUACUUAGUAGUCGCAAUGAUGAGAGCUUACUUGUGCAAAACAGCAACACAUCUCAAAGAUCGACUAACAAUCGAAGACGUAUGGGAGGUCGCAUGCGUUUGGCAAAUGGUAGUAGAGGACUCAGGAACGUACGAAUUUUGAGAGAAAGACGAGUAUACUGA